AUGAAUCGGCGUGAAGGCUGGACAGGUUUGUGCGCUGGAGGCAGCGAUUGGGUUCCGAAGGGUUCUCGCAGAGAGGAGGAGAGACCACAUGCAUGCAACAGUGACGGAUGCAAUCGCCUCUUUGACUUUCGGCAACGAGUUCAAAUCAGAGCUUGGAAGGUGUCACCUUGCCAAGUAAGCUUGGACAGUGUCACCUUGCCAAGCAGCCUGCAGACGUUGACCUUUGGUCCCGCCUUUGACCCUCGCUUCUUGGACGGCAUCACCUUGACAAGUAGCUUGCACGAGCUUCGCUGUGAGCUGUUUCAUAUUCACGUUCAUUGCUGGGAUUUGUAA